GGGGUGUACACAGACCUGCACACAUUACCUGCUCUUCAUCCUUCUCCGUGCUCAUCACUUAUCGCCAGGCAAGCACCGAGGCACCGACCAGGAUCACAAACCCCGCGGAGAAGCGUAAAGUAUGCCCCCCGAGGCGCUUCGGUUUGGACCCGGUGUCUGUUGUUUAAUCUUUGGCGGAUUUUACGUGGACGAGUUAGUCAAUGGAUCCAAAGGACACCGAGCCGUAAGUUGCAGGUUAAAGCUGGAAAACUUCUAGUUUGAAGCUUAUUGGAUUGUGAUUCUGCAGCGGAGGACUUCCCACAUCAAAAGCUGCUGCUACCCGCAGGGACCGCCGGGCAGCUCUGUAAGGACCCUGUGAUUUCUCGUGUAGUGGAUCUCAGAUCCCAGAUCUCCUACACUGAGGAUCUGUCACUUCAGGCCCGUUUGUGAAUACAUAUCUCGAAGAUGAGAGGUGUCUCCUCUCUCUGUCCUCCUCUUGGUCGAAUGUGGAUGGAUGUGGCGUCGUGAGGAGGCACUAGCCUGAGGACAGUUUGGAGUUUUUUGCCCACACAUUCUUCACCUCAUGCAGUUCCUUCGGCCGGCCUGGGCUCUGACUGCCGCCGCGGUCUGCUUCCUGCUCCUAUUGCUCCUCCACAGCCAAAUCCUGAGGGAAGGCCAGCUGGUAGCAGGGACCUGUGAGAUUGUGACUCUGGACCGUGACAGCAGCCAGCCCAGGAGGACCAUCGCACGGCAGACAGCUCGCUGCGCCUGCAAGAAGGGACAGAUUGCUGGUACGACGAGAGCCAGACCAGCCUGUGUGGAUGUUCGUAUCAUCACGAGUCGACAGUGGUGUGAGAUGACUCCGUGCUUAGAGGAUGAAGGCUGUAAUCUCCUGGUCAAUCAGUCAGGCUGGACCUGCACUCAACCAGGAGGCAGAGUGAAAACCACCACGGUCUCCUGACACUGACAACUACAACAACUACAACUCACCAGAAAGACAGGUUCCCAUCAUCCAUUACCCAUCAUCAGCUUGCGGACCAUCCUCUCCAGCUUCAGUUGCUGAAGACCAAUCACAGAACACCGCAGCCUUCAGAGUCGCAGGUCAAAGCACCAGCACUUCCUGUUUGAUGCAUGGGUGAACUCUGGAAACUGAAGCUUAAACUUCUUUUGGGGAAAAACAGUGACUGUGUUCAUUUUCCAAGAGAUUUGAAAAACAAUUUUAGUCAUUGGAUGGAUAUCUUUUUUGUGGCACAAAACUCUGUUUCAUUUUUACAUACCAAAGAUGAACAGAGCCCACGAAGACAUGUUUUUGGAGGGGAUGAGACAUUCAGAAUGCCACUCUACCACAUACCCUACUAUAUCUUUGCAUAGAAAUGCAAAUAUUGUACAAUUAUCUACUACAUGGCUUAACUAAGAAAAGUUUAAAAAACAGUUAUAAAGAGUUAUUUUAAAAAAAAAUGUUUCUGGAUGAAGAGAGAUGAAGCUGUUGUUUCUGUUGGGACACUCUGGCUAUGUGCUGGACAUCAGUCUGGUAGAGAGGGUAAAAAAUCAUAUCUGACAUUUUUAUGAUAGAAACAUCAAGACUUGCACUUUAUGUAGACAUUUGAAAUGUUGUUUUACAGAUAGAAAUUUCCAUCGACCAGGCAGGAACACUUUGAGUGUGGUAACAAGUAGAAAAAUAUACAGUAACUGUUCAAACUGAUGCGCAUACUUAAAACAAUGGAACUAAGUGAACCUCAGACAGUUAUAUUAUAGUACAUGAUUUUGAACCUCUUUGGGUUCACUUUUAUGUUAUAUCAGACAUUACACUUGUCAAAGAUUUCAGUUUUAUUGUGCAGGUAACAACUGAGGCAGUGAUGCUGAUAAAUGCAUGGAACUUCAGCAAUGUGAACUCACCUAAUUUAAUUUAGACAUAAAUAACAUCAGAUAUUUCAGGAAUAUAAUAUUGUCUCUUCAGAUAAAACAAUGCAGUGUAGUAGCUCCCGAUGGUUACAGGUCACUAUCCCUCAUUAAAAAACCCCAUCAAACUACAGAUUUAUAGAGGAUUCCUGGCCAUUCCACCAGACUACAUUGUAUAUUCUUCUACAUUUUUCUAUAUUUGGCCAACAUGCAAUUUGCAAUGACGAUUUCAGUUAAGCAAGGAAUUUCAUACCACACACUAUUUCUGUUUGAGAGCAGAACACAUAAGAACACAAUAGAUUUUCAAGUUCCAAAGUUAACAGUUUUAUACAUUGUAUGUUAGUAGAAAGCCAUGCUUGACUCAUGUUUGAAACCUGUUGUUAUUCAAAGCUUGGUCUGACAGUUAUAUUGUUUUUAAGCUGGGACUGAGAAGGUGUUUUCAUUUUGACCACUUUCUGAUGGGUUACCUUUCAAAUACUUACUUUAAGUAUUACUUUAAGUAAUACUUAAAGUAAUAACUGAUCAUUUGUUUACAUCAGUUAUGAAAUAUUACCUACAUUUUUCCACGUACUGUCAUUAAAAAUCAAGUUGUGCAUUAAGCCAAUAAAUCUACAGUAGUAAACAAAAACUGGUUGACACCAGCUCUUUACAGAUAGCAGAAGACAAAUAUGAAGUGUUAUGUGAAAGAGAUGUUUCAAACCUGGGCAAGCUAAAUUAUAGGGAUUAAAAUGAGUUAUUAUACAACUAUACACUAAGUAAAAAAAGAAAAAGCAAAAACAAAAAAUAAACAAAAAAGUGACAUUGAUUUCUUUUCCCCCUUCAACAGCUAAAUGUAUACCAACUCUAACAAUUCCAUGUUUCUGUAGGUCAUCGCCUUAUCUCACUCUUAUUCAGCAAUGGGAAAUUAAGUCACUGCCCCUGUUUUGAUGUUGUUCCCUUGUUCUGUCCUUAUGGAACCAUUUUUUCACUAAAUAGAAAAUGCAGUUUAAUUGCCUAUCUUCCCAAAUGUUUUCUUCUGGUGACAAAUUAAAUACUUUUAUAUGGAAAAUAACAAGUGCAGGGAACAAAUCCGCAACUAUCUCAAUAUUCACUAUUUUUAGGGUCUUGACCCAUGUUCCCUCUAAGCUGCGCACGUGUGCAAUUGCGCACUGUUUGCACGAUCUCUGCGCAGAGAAAAUCUGUGUUGCG